AUGUCAGCGCCUCCGCCCGCGUAUGUGCCCUCGCAGACGUUCCAAGAUGCCGCGAGUUACCUUUCGAGCGCGACCAUGCUGUCCAAGGUGCCGAACACUGUUAAGCUAGAGCUGUAUGGCCUGUUCAAGUAUCUUACAGUGUCGCACAGCCCGGACGCGUUAAGACCGUCGAUUUUCGACAUGACCGGAAGAGCUAAGUGGGACGCGUGGAGCGCUGCAGGGAAGACUUAUAGCGAUCGCGCUCCCGAGGCCGAGGCUCGGUACCUAGCUAUUGCGAGAGAACUGGGAUGGAAGGAGGACAUGGUUCCUCCGGAGAAGGCUGCGUUGAUUGACGACUUAGACAUAGUUGGUGAACCUAGCAGAGAUAGAGGCGGCGGCGGCGGAGGUAUGGGCAAUUCUGUGAGCGUAAUGGACAUCUCGGGCCACGAGCAAAGCAAGACUACUCUUAGUCGUCUGGCCAUCUCCGGCAACGUGCGAGAUAUUGCAUCAUUUCUCGAUGAAAAUCCCGACAUCGACGUCAAUGCAGCGGACGAGAACGGGUACACAUCGUUGCAUCUGGCGUGCGACAGAGGGCAUGUCGAGAUUGUCAGGUUGUUACUGAGUCGGGGCGCCGACCCCAGUAUCAAGGACGCGGACGACCUGCCUGCAGUAGAAUUGGCCGAAAUCUCUGGUCAUCAGGACAUUGUGGACAUCCUGAACUCAAGGGGUGAUAAGCCAGGUUAG